AUGGCUGCUGCAUCUGAAAUUCCCAGGACCCAAACGGCCGCGGUCGUACGCAAGCAAGGCGGACCCGUUGAGUUCGACCAUAGCUACCCUGUCCAAGAACCAGGACCAAAAGAGAUCCUCGUCAAAGUCCUCUACACAGGAGUCUGUCAAAGUGACCUACAUACGAAAGCCGGGACAGCAACGGGCGCAGACGGGAGUCCUAUUACCAAUAUCAAGCUGCCGCAUGUAGGUGGACACGAAGGAGUAGGACGGGUCGUCGCUUUUGGGCCGGAUGUUUCGGAGAGGGAAGACCUCAAAAUCGGGACAUUGGUCGGCAUUCGCUUCGCAUCACGGAUCUGCCAUGAGUGUGAGUACUGCACAUCGGACAGAGAACAGCACUGCGGCAACGCGACGAACCAUCUGCACCACGAAGAUGGGAGUUUUCAACAGUACUGUGUCCUCGACACCAAGUACUUGACGACUUUGCCGCAAGACAUCGAUCCGAAAGUAGUUGGACCUGCGCUCUGUGCGGGCGUCACUGCAUACAAGGCCGUGGUCAAUGCAAAUCUGAAACGAGGAGAAUGGCUCGCUGUGAUUGGGGCGGGUGGAGGCUUGGGCCAUUUUGCAGUGCAAUACGGACUGGCGCUUGGAGCCAAGGUUCUCGGGAUCGAUGCAGGAGCAUCGAAGCAAACUUUCGUGGAAUCCCUCGGGGCCCGGUUCUUGGAUUUCACUAGCUGCAAGGAUCUGGCAGACGAGGUGCGUCGCAUAACAGGUGCAGGUGGGGCGCAUGCCGUUGUCAUUACCAGUGGUCACCCUCGUGCGUUUGACAAUAUUGGUAGCCUGGUGAGGACCGGUGGCUCUAUCUCGAUGGUCGGCAUCCCUCCUGGAGAUGUGAAGCUGGACAUACCUGUUGCGGAAAUGAUUAUCAGAGGGUUCAAGGUUCAAGGGAACCUUGUUGGGUCGCUGAAAGAAACGCUAGAAGCUGUGGAGCUGGUGCGGGUUGGCAAGGUCAAACCACAUGUACAGGUUCGUCCGUUUUCGGACCUGCCACUGGUGUAUGAGAUGUUAGAGAAGGGUGAUAUUCCUGGUCGUAUCGUUUUACAGCUGUAG